AUGGAGCAGGUGGAUCAAGAGUUAGACGUUAUACAGGAGAACCAAAUACUCAAGAACAAAGUGGAUGAGCUAGAGGAACUUAUUUUGCAGCUUAGAAACCACCAAGACAGCGAUGGAAGCACGCAGGAUCUUGAAAUCGAGCAAAUCGAGGAUAAUAACUGGAGUUAUUACGUUCACGCAAUUGCGUCUGCCAAACAGAUGUGUCUGGGAUGGUUAAGUGAGGAAACAGGUCUAGCAGACACGGAGGACUGGCUGCUUGCGGAUUACGAGGUCCCGGCGGUGGAAAAUGAAGAUGUGUGGUGCUACUACUACGAAAAGGUCAAAGGUCUACAAAAGCACGUUUCGGACAAAAUACUCCUGGAAGCACGUAAUGUUUCAUUUUUGUAUAACGUGAUAGACUGGAACCAGUUCUGGACGGAAUAUAACAAACACUGGGAAACAGAGACAGAACGACAUAUUGCACCAUUCUACUCCAAAGACAAACGGAAGUAUCUCUUUAUGUGCCAGUAUUACUUGUUACUAUGCAUCGGGUUAUACUACUCGGACGAUUGUUUCCAGCAGGAAAUAGGGUAUUCUAGCGAGGAGUGGGAGUUAUACCCCAAGGUGUUUUUUUCAUGUGCUUUCCAGUGCUUGAUGCGUGGACGGAUUCUCACCUAUCCUGAUGUGAUGUCGGUGCAGUGCCUCUGUCUUUUGAGAUUAUGUUCUCCGAUGCUGGGCGGUUACAACUUGCAGAAUUGUUUGCUAGAAGUGAUGUGCUACCACGCACGACUGCUGGACCUCGACAAGUUAUCUGCUUCAGAUGACAGUAUCAAAAUUUUGUGUUGGUGGUCGCUGGUUAUUAUCGAUUGGCACGACUCCGACUUUCGCUACUCCUCCAUCCAGCUGAAUAGCUUUUCGACGCCAUUGCCUUGUAAAUAUGCACUGGCUAAGAAAAUCAACGAGCACACCUAUUACCAUUUCUUCAACGCGCGGGUUGCACUUAUCAAGAAACGGUAUUACUAUAACCCAUCCCCAUCGCUAGACCAACUUAUAACUGCAGAGGCAGAGCUGCACGAGCUUGAAAUGGAGCAGGCAUCUGACCUGGAGCAAUUUUCUUCUAGCAUGCCGUGCUCGCUCCAAAUUAAAUUUCUUAUCAAAUUCAUUCUGCUGUACGAGAAACUCACCAUCUAUUGCAAAAUCGCCUCCUGCCUAUCCAGGUCUGAGUGGCUCCAAAAAUACCACCGUCGCUCCUUUGCACAUGCCGACCAGAUUGUCAAGAUCUACCUCUCAGACGAUACCCCAACAUCAUACAAAAAGCCGUGGUUUCUGGCUGAUAUGACGGUAUCGGCAAUGUCAUUUCUCCUGGUGGACGCAUUUCUCAACGAGCACGCCAUUUAUGCACGGGAGAAAACUGUUGGGGUGGCACGACAGCUUGUGGCCGCGCUGACCUCGUUUUCGCAGCUAAUGCGACCAGCUUUGCGUGGGGCACAAGUUAUUGAAAAAUUGGUUGAUUAUUUAACUCGCGACGCUAGCGGAAUAGCCAGAGACAUUGCCGAGUCUAGCUUGUCUCCUGUCCAUUACGGCGGCCUCUUAGGGAGUCCUUGGCCCGAGCUGUCACAUACGUUUAGCGAAAGCCCUUCGGCCCGCAAUUAUAGAUCACCGGCUUGAGCUGUCUACACCGAAGCAUCUAGCUGCUACCAUGGCUCAAAUUUUUGGCCUACAAGAGUAGAUUUGUCACCGAGGGCGACCUGUCCCAACCACGGACUAUCAUGCCAAUUGACCUCAGAUUUGAAAAUCUCACUGUCCGGUUAAAAACGAUGUACACCAGAGACGAGGCCAAGGACCUGGUCAGGCUGGCCGAAUUGGGCACGCUCAAAUACUGGGCAAGGCAUCGCACCGAAAAGUUUGCCUUUGAAGAGUUUGAGAUUGAAUCCAGUGCGGCAGAGACCGCCACUAGCUGGGACGACCUAGUUGUGCUUGAGUUGGCUCAAGACGCAACAUUACAUAAUCAUAUGCACAGAAAAUAGUCGCGGCAACUGCCGUAAAUUGAAGAUAACAUAUUUACGCGAUAUAGAACCAGAUUCUCUCCACAAAGUUCUUUGGCUUUGGCGGCACGUAUUCGGCGGCCUCCUUCUCGAUCUGCUCAAGACCAGAAAUACAGUCGAUCUCCUCCGGUGGAGCGAAGAGGUGGAAGUUUCUGAACCACAGCAUAUGUCCCACAUAGAGGGCAAACACAAUAGGCAGCGUGAUGUAUGCGGCGAAAAAGUCGGCAACAUUGAAAUCGAAAAACACACCGUAACCAUUGGUGAUGGUGAUGACAAUAAAGAAGCCGGCGCUCAGGUAGGCACCCGCUUUUUGUAACGGUGGUCUGAACACGAUUCUGUCGUCGAGGCCGUGGUACGAAAUCGCCUUUCUGAAACGGAGGUAUGUGAGCGACACGAAAAUCCACGAGAUGAAGCCGGAAAUCGUGCAGAUGUUGGUGAGCCAGGUGAACACCUUGGCGGACGAGUUGGAGCAGUUGAGGAAAGCGAGCAAGGCAAUGGCUCCUGUAAGGGCGACCGAGUAGAUUGGCACACCGUUUCUGGUGCAGCGGGCAAAAAUGGCCGGCACUUCUCCGUUGCAGGCCAUCGAGUGCAAGCUUCUGGUGGCGGCGAAAAAUUGCGAGUUACCGCACGAGUAUGCCGAAGUGAGGAUGGCGGCAUUGACGAUGUGGUUGAGCACCUUGAUACCGGCGUUCUGGAUUCCGAUCACGUAUGGCGAGCCGGCAGCAGUGCUGGCUCCCGAGUUGACGGCGUCCAUGAGCCGAGGGUCGUUCGAGCCAACAAUCACUCCGACAACGAUGACACCCACGAUAUAGAAGAAGGCGAGCCUGUAGAUGAAUCUCUUGCAGGCUUUUGGCAGAUUCGAUCUUGGGGCCUCAGCCUCGGCAGCACAGGCGGUGAUGAGCUCCGGGCUGAGAACGAAAGCAAACGCACUCUUGACGAUUCCGGUCCAGCACGCAAGGAAUUUGCCGGUGUUUCCUGGGACAAGGUGCUCAACAAAGGCUCCUGGGUGUUUCCAGUAGUGGAAGCCGAGCACACCGUCAGAUGCAGGUGCUCCGCCGAAGAAGAUGAUAAUUCCAACAAUGAUAAGACCAACGAUGGUGAUGAUCUUGAUGGAGGAGAUCCAGAACUCGACCUCGCCGAAGAAUUUCACCGCGCAGAAAUUGAGCGCCACACACGAGACCCAGAAGAUAGAAAUAAAGAUGGCCACGUUGGCAUCGGUCCAGUACUGGAUCACAAAAGCGGCGGCAGUCAUUUCGGAAGGCGCAAUCAGCGCCUGGGCGUAAUAGAGGUUCACGCCGGCAGCAAACGCAAACGACUUGUUGCCCGUGUAGCGCUCACACAGAGCGUGCAUGGUGGACUGGCCGGAAACGGGGAUAUACGACACCAUUUCGCCGAGCUGGUUCAUAAUGCACCAGACGAAGAAGGACAAGAUCAGGUAGCCGACCAACAGGCCUGCGGGUCCGCACGACGACAGCGUCGACCCGGUACCGACAAAAAUACCUGUUCCGAUAGCUCCUCCGAGCGCGAUCAGUUGGACGUGUCUGCUCUUGAGACCACGGUGGACCUCGGUUAGCUGCUCUUUCUCGGACACCACCUCCUCGGUGAAGAGGUAGUUGGACUUGCUAGCCACAGGGCUGUUUUUUUCCGGGACUUCAGACAUUGGUUGGUUGUCAAAGGGAAAGCGAAACGGUGGUAUAUAUGCAUUUUGAUCAAGGAUAUAUAAAAUGCGCUGAGAGAUAAGACCUGCAGAUAACACCUUUGGGUCUGAUAAC